CAGUACUAAAUGCUCAGGCUGUCGUAAUUGGCGGGCAUGGAUGGCAAAAAAAUAAUAUCUGGAUAUUCUUGUUCGAGUUCAGCUCCCAAACUGUGUAACAUUUUAAUAACAGACGCUCAGCCAGGGAUUGAAUCAUUUUUGCGACGCCACAACACGAGAAUCUGAUAAGCCUUCCUCUACUCGAGCUCGAGAAUUUCAUCCGGGCCUAAGUUAACUACGGAUCUUUGCCUGCCGAUUCUUGUUUCACAAAACUUCUCUUGUGAAGCGAGAAAAUAAUUGGCUGGUUUACCCGCUGAGUACAUACUGCGUACAUUUCCAGCCAAUAUUGCUUUUUUCAUGCCUGCAGAGCUAAAGAAGAACCAAAAUUGAGUAGCAUGCAGCGAUAUUUCGAGCCUAGCUCACUAUUGGUGUUUUAGUGGACGACCGCGGUGGCCCUGGUCGUGUUGGUGCACACCAUUGGUGGACUGCAAAUCGGACUGUGGCCGAUCGAUCUUUGUAUAUAGCGUAUAUACGCAGCUGUACGGAGUACUUUAGUUCGCUCUGCAAUAGAUCUACUCCGUACGCAGCGUAGGAAAGAUGCCGCUCAAUGUUGCUCCCGUUAUAAGCAACAUCCUCGGCCUCGCUGAGGGCAAUGCUCCAAUGAAAAUCAUUCUUCAUGACAGGAUUCCAGCGCCACACAAGCUGAAGCUCAAUGUGUGAGAUACGUAACCAGAUUGGGAGUGCAGCUACACAAGAAAGGGAGCAAGGCAGAGCGGGGUGAAAUCCGUCCGUUUGCGAAUUCAUUCUCUUUUUCUUUCUUGAUAAACAGUUCUCGCCUCAGACAUCUUGACAUUUCAGUCUACCCCAUCGAGUUAUGAGAGUGUGAGAAAUUCUUUGAUAUGUUAGAUUGAUAUCGUUAUGCCUUUUUAAGUGAAGCUGUUUAGUUCUUAAUGCUGUCAUUCCUUCGAUAAACUUCUAUCACCAGCGUACACCAGGACCCAGGUAGCUAGCUAUACAGGAAUUGGCCGGUACGGAGGACGAUCAUGGCACACGGAAGUAAAUUGCCCUGGGGCCUUUCGUUUCGAUCUUCGGAAGGGUUUAUUUUGCUCGUUGUCUCUGCGGCAUUAUUCACUGAUACUCUUGUAUAUGGAGUGAUUGUCCCAAUUGUGCCGCUGGCACUUACAGACCGCGCAGGUGUUCCGCAUGAAGAAGUGCAGAAAUGGGUCUCGAUUCUUUUAGCAACAUAUGGCGCAACGUUCCUCGUCGGAUCUCCGCUCUUCGGCUACUUCGCGGAUCGUAGUAGGAGUCGGCAACUACCAUUCGUUAUUGGAUUGGUUGCCAUGAUAUUGGCUACCUCGCUAUUCCUCGUCGGACGGUCUCUAGGUUUGUUCAUAGUUGCAAGAGCUAUGCAGGGGCUUUCGGGUGGUGCAGUUGGUGCGGUCGGCAUGGCGUUGGCCGUUGAUAGCGUCCCCAAGGAAAGAAUUGGGCAAGCAAUGGGAUAUGUCUCUCUCGCAUUGACUUGGGGCGUGCUGUUCGGGCCGAUUGUAGGAGGGGUUAUGUUUACCAAGGCAGGCUAUUAUGCAGCAUUUGCGGUACCGAUAGCGUUAUUAUGCAUCGAUAUCGUGCUGCGGCUUCUUAUGAUCGAGAAAAAGGUUGCAAGCAGGUUGUUGCGGGAAAGGUUAGGAGCUAGAAAUCACACAGAGACAUGCGAUCACCCAUCCCCGCCGGGCUCGUCGAGUCGAACUCAAUCUCUAGGUUCUGAUUCAGAAGAUACCAUUGACGAACAAUCCCCACUCAUCCAACGAGCAACCAACGGCAAUUCGCAGCCUAAUACCACGAAAACACUCAUAAUAUACCACCUGCUCAAGGAUUCCCGGAUAUUGGUUAAUUUGUUUGCAACUGUGAUUCAGUCAAUUGUAUGGACCGCAUUCGAAACGACACUUCCCUUAUUCGUGAUGGAUAAAUUCAACUGGACUCCAAGCGGGACCGGAAUUCUAUUUCUCAUUUUCUCCCUUCCUUGCCUUUUUGGCGUCGUUAUCGGGAAGGGUGCGGACCGUUGGGGAUCGCGCAUAUUCGGGACGUCUGGCUUCACUCUUGCAGGUGGCCCACUCAUCCUUCUCCGGCUCGUGCAGCACAACACAACGGGACAACAGGUACUUCUCGGCGCAUUGCUCGUCCUCGUUGGUCUCGCAAUUACGGUCGUUCAGGUAAUCACGAUGACAGAAAUUUCGCACGCGGUCGAUGAGCUAGAGGAAAGAGAUCCCGUCUUGUUUUCAGGGCCCAGUGCCAUGGGCCAGGGCUAUGCACUAUAUAAUAUGGCUUUUGCUGCUGGGCAGCUUCUUGGUCCGAUAAUUGGGGGCUUUGUCAUCACCAGCGUCGGGUGGGCGGGCAUGAACUUGGCGCUUGGUUUGAUCUGCUUCGCCUCCGCGAUCCCGAUGGCACUGUUCUGCGGAGGCACCAUCGCGUCGCAGAAAGGGAAAAUGAAAGUCCGCGAUCUGUCCGGGGGAGCUGAGGCAUAUGAAUCCUAAGGAUGAAAGGCAUGAUAAUAAUAAGGGUAUUCGGUGAAGGUCAGCACUUAUGCUUCGAUUUGACUUUAAUCCCGGGAAUUUGAAUUUAAGCAAAAAUGACAUGUUUAUUAGUGGGAGCCGCGUCAACGAAGGAAGGGCAUCCUUGUCCAAACCCACCUUUUUCUCAAGUUGGAAUUCUUGCUUGCACAAUGGGAACGGAAAAAAAUUUGGUUUGAUGUUCAAGAUUUCUGGUUAUUUAUUUAGUGUUAUCUAGUUUUAAUCAUCUCACGUAUAUUUUUCAGCAAGACUUACACACGAUGAUCUCGCAGGCUUUAUUUAUUAUCCCACCAGCGGGCCACCACCACAGGAAGCUAACAUACCUUGUUUUGUUUGAAUUGUCUGGGAUUGAAAUAAACUCUGAGACUAAAUUGGCGCAGUGGGACGGAGCGACCGAAUCUGCCAUGAAAAUACAUCAGCUCGGACAUAUCUAUGAGACUCACCAGGUUCCAG